AUGGUGGAUGCAAGCAAGGUACCGGAUCUCCUUCGCUGCACUGGAAUUAAUCCCACAAACUCAAUCUGUCUGAAGAAUGGGGCAUGCAAAAACCCAGGUGAGUAGAUCUGUCCAGCAACUAUGGAGUACAGCGUGCCUCUAGGACGGAGUAUGUCACAAACUUAAUGACCAGCCGAAGUAAUUGUGGACACAACAUAUACAAAUGCUAUUGAAUAACUAACAAACUCGUUCUUGCAUUUGCGGAUAGCUGCCGUCUAUCAUAACGGACUUUUUUAGGAUCGUUUAGGAAUAUCCGUUUACACUUGACUAACUUAGAAGACGAGAUACUUCCUGACGAAAGAGAGGAAGAUUCAAGGACUUACUUGACUUUCAUUUCUCUUCUUAAGCUGUUAGACGGAAUCACGACAGAAACACGUGCUGCCAGCCUAGCGUUUCAUGGAUAAUUUUCUCCGUCGUUCAGCAGCUAGGUGCUUACUUUAAGGUCUCACUAGUUUAAAUAAUUCCCCUAUAUUUCAAAACGGAAAAGUCAUCCUAAAAACCAUACCGUCACUUAAGUGUAAGUAGUAAAACAGUUUAUGAAGUCACUAAUAAAAAGAUAGUGUGUGCUUCCUAAAGUUUAGCUUAUCCAUCUGAAAAAUUCCAAAAUGCAUAUUUGGAAGCGGUUUUUUUGAAAAAUAUCUACUUCGCUACUGGUUUAAGUACUCUUUUAACAAACACUAUUUCAUGCAUUUUCUUAAAAGGUCUUAGAAAAGAUCCUUAUAGACUGUGUAAGGAAACGCGCGCAGUUACAUAUGAAAUUAGUAAAAUCAGGUCGACAACUUUACCUUUACAGAGGGUGGCAAAUUUGAAAAUAUUGCUAGAGUUUAUACAAAAUAUCUCAAUGGCCAUUACCUUCAAAAAAUUAGAAAUUCACUGGAAUAGGGGAAAUAAGUCUUUAGGACAGUUGCUUCGAUGAUAGAAGGUAACAAUAAAUAGCCCGCUUAUAGACUAAUUAGACCGCCCUUAGAGUUAUUUAAGGAAUUAUACUCUGCGCUCACCGGCGUCUUGUUGAGCGCAAUGACAGGAUCAUACCUUCGGCAUUUUUUCACAAACGGUUUUGAAGGUCUUAACGAUGCGUUGGUUCACAACCCAGUUGAAUGUGAGAUUUCUAUGCUGCCCUCUUAAGACAGAUUUUCCUCAUAUGCAGCAUGGCAUAUGCUAGUGAUGAUGCAAAAAUCAUAGUAAACGAAACAUGUAACAUCAAAGAGGCAUCUUUGUUUGACUUCCUGGCGAUUAUACUUGUUUAACGAGAGCCAUUCAUUCAGAAAAGGGGCUAACUAUAUGUACCUAGCUGGAAAAUGUGUAAAAGUGGGGGGAAAAAUAAUAUCUGUGUGAAAAUAAGGAUAGGACCAUACGAUCACUGUAUGACUUCACUUUACAGGAUUUAUUGUUAUGGAUGACCAUUUAAGCAUAAGGUGGAAAUCUGGCUGUUCAUUAUCACAAUGGGAAGGGAAGUGCGUCUUAGAAUGGUAGUGCAAGCUGAUAAAGAACCCCUGAUAGUGUAUGUGCUUGGAUAUUGAAACGCUUAACCUCUACCCACAAACUUACAAUACACUAUGGCUAUACGAGUGGAAACUCACCGGAAGCUCUGCUAUUAUAUUACAAAACAGUCAGAGGACGUUUUACAAGAGGGACACACCUCACGGUUUUCCGGCAGCAGCGCGUCUUGUUUGUAGUAAAAAGCUACUGUGUCUGCGUCCAAAAGAUUCAACCAAAAAAUUAAAACGCAACAACAUGCACAUUUGUUGAAAACACUUUUUUCCCGCACGCCGGGACAAAAGAUGCGUCAUUGGUUUCAAAGGAUGUGUCGCUCGGAAGAACGUUCCAUACACCUACAUUAAAAAAAACUAACUGGGCACGAUUUUGUGCUCAAAAAUUCCUUUUUACUAACACACAGAAUGGCAACAUAGCCGGACUGAGCGCGAAAAGAACAGUGAUUGCGUCUUAGUCUUUGCCAUGUAGACUACUGAUAAAGAAUUAAAAAACUAUAUUUAACUAUGACAGUUUAUCAUUUAAAAGACGUUUUGCCGGUCAAAAUAUCUCUUUUCAAUCCAGUGUUUGUUUAAAAGUGUCCUGUUUGAAGGCACCAUCGAGAGAGUCUACCACAGUCAGUGUUCACUUCGAAAUCAAGGUAAUAAAAAUCCAAUGUCGUGGACACGUUUUGUGAAUUUUAAUACUUUGCCAUGUUCAGAGGAAGAUGCUUAAAAUGGUCUUUGAAUUUUCUAGUAAACACGUUUUUAAGGGGCUCCUGAGGAAGCUUUGUCGAUAAAGAAAAAGACGAAGCAUAAUUUGAAAACCAUGAAGCAGCUGUCGUUCAAGAUGUUCUGAAUCUUACUAACCACGUUUUCACUUUAAACUGAAACACGAUGCAUAGUUAGGAGAUGGGUUAACGAGCGGAGAAAAAUAAAAGUAGUUGGAAACAACUUUAGCCGGAAGUAUAGCGUCCUAAAAGUUUUACUGAGUUCUUAUAAAGUGGAACAAACCGAAUGAUAGUGAGUUGGAAUGCGCAUAAUAGGAAACAAAAAUAGACAUAAUGUAUUAUGACCUCAUCAGUAUUAACUAUAUUAAAAAGAGUAGUCUAUUGAAAAACGUACGAAAAGAGCAUUCAGGGCUUUAAUUCAGCUGGCUGAAACUUUUUAUAUAUCUAGAUACUGGUCACAUAAUAUACUACAAUAGCUGAUAUUUUAGUUCUUCCGUCAUAAUCAAUGAUAGCCUCGACCUGCAGAUUUUGCUUAUUGCAUGGACGAAGGAUGAAAUUAUCUGACACUAGAGUGCAUAGAUAGGGUUACAACCAGUGUUAUUGCUAAUGGCGCUGAGCGGGAAAUAAUAGCGACGUGUAAGGUCUAGGUGGUCGUUUAAGCUCGCAGAAAGGGUUCAAAAAUCGAGCAGACGGCGGAGGAAGAGACUGAACAGUAUGGGGACAGUAUGUUAGUGUUCUCCUAAAACUAACGACGUGGUAGAUGUACAGACCAACACAGAGACUAAAUCAGAAUCCGGCAGACGUUCUCGAAAAUGUCCUCCCUCCUAUUUCUUUUUGCGGUAUUAAAUCCUUGUCAGUGUACAUAGUGGAGGAAGGGCGUGGUGGCACGCCCAGGCUCGACCUCUCCCGAGUCCAGUCUUCUUAACUUUGCCUUGACAGCGGGUCGAGGUGGGUGAUGAGGAAGGAGUGCGGUGGAUGCUGAGCAAGUCUGCGCAAGUCACCGUCCCUGCUGUCACCUUGUUGUAGAGCGCACGGCGGACAUCGCCGGAAACGACGGUCGAACUGCCUCCAGUCACCCUACGUACACACAGCACGAACCACCAGGAGUGAAUUACUCCUUCAGUUAGCAGGCUUCCAAGCCACGACGUUCAGUCCGUCGUGAUAGAUUCGGAGGCGUCAGAUUUUCUAAAAUGAGGAACGCACGGAAGUGUCGUGGCUCCUCUUUUCCGUGCCCCAGCCAAACGUUCGAGUUCGUCAGCCAGCCGGUGAUCAAAUUGGGCAGGAGUUGACAGGGCUGCUACAGCCCGUCUACGCGAGUUAUGCGCAAACUGGUCGGAGGCGCUAGGUUGCAUCAAAAAGUACGCUUCUCACUGACGUGAGAGGUAAAUUUUCUGUGCGUGCGUCGGAUGCUGUGGGUGUGGGUUCGGUGGCGGUCUAGACAUUUAUGGGCCGACAGAGCGAGGCGUUGAAAUAACUGUUUUUGCCUUCGCAGUUGUGCGUUCUUAAUUCUCCCACUUGAAUUCGGCCGGUUCGGAGUCCUAGAUUAAUUUUAUUUACAGCAGUUCAUCUUGCUAUGAUCCUUGCAAGAGUUUUCAGGAGCUCCAGUCGUUUUUGGAUUCCUCAAAUGCUGCCUCCACGGCUGAUUCUGUCUUUUUCCUCUGCGAACGUAUGCGGCGGUAUGGAAUGCGUCCACUAGUCGCUGUACGACGCACAUAUUCAAUGAAGGUCAGAGAUGGCCAGUCUUUGCGAAGACAGUGAGCUUUCAAGCAGACCUCAAAACCAGAGUUUCCAUGAUUCGGUUUGCCACUUUAACUGCAAAAACUAGAGAACAGCCAAAGUUUAAAGAACGCGAGUUCCUUUCUUGGUCAGGAUAGGGGAGUUAUAUUUAUCAAAUUUGGAAAAGUGUAAUCAGAAUCAGUAUCCUUAAAACCCUCACUUAGAUAUUAGGAAGUCUUCGCGACUGCAAACUUCCGGUGACAAGCACUUGCGAUUCAGGUUGCAAUUUUGUCAUCAUUUUGACGGUUUUUUAGCCUGUACUGGCGACCAAAAGGAUUUUCAAAGCAGUAGGAGGACAAUCAGCGACAUCGACCCUUCGUUUUAUUGUGUUCCGCAAAUGGUGUCAGUUUUUCGCAGGAUCGCUAAUGAGUCUGAUGAUGAAGUCGCACUCUACUGCAUGAUCGGAAACGAGUGCUCGAAUUCCAGAUGUCCGCUUGAGUAAGGACGAAGGAGACUGAUCAAGCAUAUGAACCAUUUGUUAAUUUUUCCAACAUUCGAAAUUGCAAAAGAGAGUUCUUCGGCAAAGAUGACAGCAGCGACAGAACAACUGCCAGAAAUGGAAGUCACCUACCAAUCCACAACCAAUGCCACAGAUAUAGAGAUGGUUCCGCAUGGCUCUGAAUGCGGGCGGUAGGCCUGGUGGAUGACUAAAUUCAUCUCGACGUCAAAAGCCCGAUCUUCAGUGAAAAGGCGUUUGCGGACUUUGUGACCACACUCUUUUGCAUAGAAAUGCAUUCGAGAAUUCUGGGGAGCUUUUAUGGACUCUGUAGUUGAUUUCGACGGCAAAGUGUUUAUCUAGGCAAUUUUCCACUAAAGUGGCAAAAAACAUGAGACUGAAGAGGGGAAGAACGAUUACACUAACUUGUCUCAGCCAUUUCUUCGCGGUCUAAUUCGAGAUCAACCCAGUGUCGGGAACGUGCACCUGUGUACCUUUUGUCGUUGCUUCAUGGGAGUGAACAUUUUUAGAACGUCCCACCUCCUGUUAAUCCUUAAAGGUCCACUUCAUUUAAUUGAGCUGAUGACUCUUUUCAGGAAAAGAAAUGAGUUAAGGCAGCUAGAUGUAGCUUCUUACUAUUUAUCCAGUAGAUGGCCAGCUUGCACGCUGCGGCAGCGAUCUUUGUCCUUAAUGUAAGGUGAAGUAGUUGAGUAAGAAGAGAGUGGGUAUUUUAUCAAUGUUGAUGAGUAACGAAAUUCGUGGGUGAUCAACGCAGGCUCGUUAGUUUCUGCUCUGCAUCAACCUAAAGUAUAGUGACGCCACAAGGUUUCGAGAAAUGCUGCUUUCACCCCACUCAGUCCGAAGAAGUUUGGUCUGGUGUUUGAGACUCCUCUUGAUCGCAAAACUCAGAAAUGACGGUUUCUAACUCCAUGUUUGAAGAAACUGGCUUCGCUGAAAAUGGCUACAUUCUCACUACAUCUGAUGAGUUUUCAGUUGACGAAAACUGUCCUUCUUUCUGAUCGGUCAGUGUCCGAGGCAAUUUUAAGAGCAUACAAUUUCCAGGCUUUCAGAAUGAAAGAAAUCAUUUCUAAGAGAGUUAUUGUCUAGGACGGUGUUUAAAGUGUUUUUGGCUACCGCUGGCCAUAAUUAAAAUGAAGAUAUCGUGAUAUCCAACGCGUAAGGGCAUAUUUUCCCCCAGGUAUUUUUUGGCGGGUAUACAGUGCGCCCUCAAUAUGGUUGUCUAAAUAUCCCAGGCGACUUCCGAGUUCCACUGUGAGUCGUAACUUCGUGAUUUGUGAGACAGCGACUUGAAUCAACCUGGGUAACUAUAAGAUUCCAUAUCGUUUUUUCCGUAGGACCUGAAUAUUUCGGUAAAAAUGACGUUUACGGAUGGACUUCCGUGGGUGGCAAAGUCAGCAUAUGCGUAGGUUGGACUAUAGUGAGGAGAAUUUGCACAAAAGCAGCCUCAAUAUGCUUUAACUAUCUCGUCAAUAAUCUGUUAUGACUACUGAUGACUGGAUCAGUGACUUAUCUUUAAUAUAAACCGAUGCCUUUCCAUGCCACAACACCACUGGCUUCUGAGUACCGACUGAAUCAGGCUACACGCGAGUUUAUGUCGUUGGAAUACACACUCGUCCGGCUCGGUUUGCUGACAAAAGCGGUUACUGGAAUGUUUCCGCUGCCCUGGGCACAGCUUUGUAGGGUGGAAGAUGAAAGUCUAGUCUAGUGUCACCAUUUGCAGCGUCGCUUUACAUGCGGCCGCCAAGCCGGCAAAAUCCUCUUUUCCAUCGUAACACAAUGCUCUCUACGUCUCGGCAAGAGUUUUACGAAGUGGCUUAAAAAACUUAAAUCAAAAUAACCACUUAGUCAGAAUGAAUUUUUACCAUUGGUUUUAGAUUUUCUUAUAAAUGCAAACAUAAUGUAUAGGAAGCAUGCAAAAAAUGCCUUUUUCUGCUCAUUUUGCAAUAACUUUUGCCCUCCUCACAUUCCCCAAAUGGAUAUAGGAUAACUUUGAGUUUAAAAAGUUUCUAAUUAUGAAAUGUUUUUAGCCUGUGAAUCGUCUGUGCAAGCAACAUCCUAUCUGCCCAUUUACUAGUGCAGCCUUUGAAGUAUACAACAUAGUCCAUUUCCAUUCCAAAAUCUUAUGAGCUCUACGUGCGAUCUCCUUAAAAAACUGGAAAGACAGAUGAUUUUCCCUAAAUGGAUUGUGUACAGGUUUUAUAUUUUGAAAACUGAAAUUAGGUGAAACGGCAGGUCGCGUUCAAAAUUUUUCGCCAAUUGAGAGACCUUUUCGUACUGUAGGAUGCCCAUCCUUCGGGCAGAAAAAGUAAGAAAACUUUGGUAAGAUGUGGUUAUGUAGCUCCACCUAAUGGACACAGUACUGUUGGGGUUGGGGUUAGGGGUUAGGAUAAGGGGUUGAAGUUAGGGGUUAAGGUUAGAGGUUACGGUUAGGGGUUAGGGCAAUUAUUUUUCGACCCCUCACAGUACAGCGCGCAUUCCUAAUAGCUUUUCUUUUGCAUACCAUUACUUGACCUCGUCGCCUGCGCGUUUCCCGGUCCCGCCUGUAAAAACCCCUACUAUCACCGAUUCCGUGGUACAGAUGGCUGCGGUUUGUUUACUUCAUGUGGGGCUGCAUAACCCCAUCUGACCAAAAGUUUAGUUAACUACAAUAUGAGUGCAAAAAGACAGUCUUGCGCAUAGAUUAAAUAUAAUGCAUCUGGACUUACAAGCGCACUGAAUGUCAAGGGACAAAACUCAUGGCCCUUAAGUUGUCAAUAUUUAGUGAACAUGUUUUCUGCGGUCAGCAGGAAAUACGUCAAACAAAAAGACACCAUCCUCGUGUGAGUUUAAUAUUUCGAAAUUAUGCCCGCCAGGUUGAAAUAGAACUUGUGCAUUUGGGUACGCUGUUAAGGCUUUACUACGUCUCCAUUGUAGGCGUGUGAACUUUGAGUGAGCCGAUUACGGGAUGCAUGCCUAAGAAAUGACAUGCAAUCGAAAGCCAUGAAACGAUAAUAACUAAAUGACGCUGUAAGCGUUAUGCGUUAUGCACUAAUUAAAUCUAUGAAGACAUUCACACUAAAAAAAGGUUCUUGCACGAUAAAAUUUAUGACAUAAUUUGACAGACGAAUCCUCUUCUUGAAGCGGAUGAAGUGAUCAACGGCAUAUACUCAUUCCGAAGUCUCACAUUAUGGACUGAUGAGUUCGUAUGGGAGGUUUUCGUUAGACUUCUUAGCUCUCUUUGGGGAUUAAGGUUAUCCCAUGAGGUCGCCUCUGCGCUGCCCUGCCAGGGGAAAAUGCCCGGUUAAAAACAAGUAAAUUCAGAGGAUCUGCUAGUGACAUGACAAUUACGGGGAAUACAACUUCGUAAGGAGAAACCCACCGACAAGUGAAGGAGUGGGUGUGGGUUAAAUGGCCUUCAGUUAGCAAGUCGGAGUGGAAUUAUCUCGUUCCGGUUUGUUCGACUCCAACUUAAAACAAACGAGCUUCUCUUAAAAUAGAGGACGCCAUUUAAAGUCCCAUGUACGGGGCGUUUUCCAGUGUCGUCAUAGUUAAACAAUGCUUCGCUCUUGAUUUGCUUAAUGACAUUGCCAAUCUGAAUUCUACAGUAAUGCGCUCAAUUUACGAAUCCGCUAUUGCAACCAGGUCUAACGGUGUUUAUUUUGUGUGUAUUGUAAACUAGGAAACUGACCUUGUAACUUUAAAUGAUUCAGAAACCAUUACCAGUCAAAUAAAAUUACAGCCCACUGAGAACGAUCAGUAAUAUCACGACACCUGAUGAUUGUACUGAAGUCAGGAAACUUAAAGUGAGAAGUGUAUGUUCGCAACAGCUUUCAGGCAUCCACAGUCGUAAAUUUGUCGCUUAUGUGUAACCAACAAUUCCACCUGCUUUUUAAAGGGGAAAUUCAGUACAAGUUUGAGGAGUUCCUUUCGGUCUACCAAGCAAUUCUGCGCGACAGACCGAACGUGACAAAGGCCAUGUUUACAGAGUUAUUCAGGACCUUUGAUCGGGAGUCUCAGGGCCUCAUCGAUGCGGCACAGUUGCGAGCAGUCCUCGUGACCUAUGGUAUGCAUACCUCCUAAAUAACGUUUUUUAUUGUAUUAAUGACAUUCUGCCAUGGGUUAUACUUACAGAUUGAAGACUCGACUAACGGUUAAGACUCCUGUUCAGACUAUACUGCAUGUCCAUUUCUGUGAAUUGAUUCUGAAGAAGAAACUUCUCUCCAGAGCUUAGGCAUGCUAUCCAUAGUCUCCGUAAACCAGUACUGCAGUUCUUUGCAUUUUUCAACUCUGUGCUCGUAGCCGCCGCCGACGCUGCCGCUGCAGGCUUAUUGAAAAAUUCAAACUUUUAAACCCUUUAUCUCUUGGCGUUUCAGGUGAACGCUUGUCCGAAAAAGAAGUGGACGAAAUAUUUGCAGCUACGGGAGUCCAGCAAGAAGCAGACGGAAAUAUUAAGUAUGAAGGUAGGCUUUCAAAAUGUGACUUCAGAAAACACAAAACAAAGAUUACUAGUUUGUAAUUUUGGAUAAACAUCUAACGAUGAAAUGUAGGACAACCAGACACAUUUUGUAAAAAGGCAGAUGAAUGCCUGCAGCGCAGUUCGGCCAAAUGUGAGAAACGUGGUAAUACUGAAAACGACAGCCAGCAAUAUGCAGGAGUGCAUUACAUACGGGACGAGGAAAGAGAAACCCGAGAAGUAGAGAUGUAAUGAAGCGUGGAGCAAAAGAAGUCAGUGCAGUGGUGUUGCCGGCGGUUGUCUACCGCAGAUCUUCGUGAAUGUGCAUGUGGUCUAGAAGGCCCGUGCAAUGCGUGGAUGUAUGAGGGCAAUGCCGGCCGGUAAGUCGAAUGCGUCUGGCGCAUAUUGGUACUCCAGUCACUAGUUCGUUGGCCUCUAUACGAUGGAUUCGCAAGUGACCGACCUGGCUAACGUGUGAGAUCAAUGUUCGGGGACAGUGGGGACAGGAAAAGCCGAUGGUGUCAGGAUCGGUUUCGGUGAUGGCGGCAGCGGUGUAGCUGAUGAUGGCGGGCGUGCUGGGCCGCAGGAUGUGAUUUCAGCUGGAUAUGAUGGAUGGGCAAGAUGUGCUAGGUGUGUCGAGACUGUGGUGAGUUCCGCACUCGUGGAUAAACAUGUGACCUAGAAGACCCAUGUGGUAGGUGAGUGUGCGGGGGCAGUGUGGACAGUGAAGGUGGCUGCGGCGAGUGUUUGGUGGCGCUCCAGGCACGAGUUCGCCAGUCUCUGUGUAAUGGAUUCGCAAGUGACCGACCAGGCCAAUGUGUGAAAUGAAGGCGCGACCGCAACGAGGAAAGGUAUGGACGCAGUCCACGCCGCUGGUGUUGGCGGUGGUAAAGCUGAUGUUUGUCGAUGUGUCAGGAUUGUGGGCAGUCGUGGUGGGUACUGGAGUCGCCACAGCGGAUGCUUUGGCAAUGAAUGACGGCAUCGGGGAUUCAAGAGAGCGGUCAGUGCUGACUAUCAGCGUGGAUGGCGAGGUAAGGGUGGACGGGGGAACAUCAGGUACUGUCGUCCCGGUGCCGCAGUUGAUUCGGACGUGCCCAAUAAUACCGAUUGGUGCGUAAAACGUCCGCUGACAUCGUGGGUGGUUCGGGAACGGUUAUGUGCUGGUAUUGCGUGGUGGGGACAGUUGAAAUUUUCGAAAUUCGCUUUUGGCUUUAGCGACGGUGACGCGGUUGGCUUCGUAGAUUGUUGCGCCUAUCUUCACUGCUGUACUUCAGGUCCGUUGUUUCUCAGUUGGCUGGGCUGAGUUGUAGGCGCUUCUGAGAAGUUUUCAGGGUGUCUUUGUAGCACCGGACUUGACCUUCCUGUCCGCGAGAACUCAUUGCCACAGAUCCGUGAAAAAGUAGUUUGGGUAGCCACUCGUCGUUCAUCUACACAAGGCGGCCGCUCCAGCCCAGUUGCAGAUGUCUCAGCACGACGCAGAUGCUGCGGAUUAGCCUUUGUUCCAGUGCAUCCAUGUCCGGGAUCCUUUCCUGCCAACUCACCUUUAGUAUCCGUCGCAAACAGCGAAAGUUGAAGUGUUUGAAUCUUCGCACAUGCUUCUUGUACACCGUCCAGGUCUCCGUCCCAUACCACAGCGUCAGCAGGAUGACUGGUUUGUACAUUUUCAGCUUGGUGGUGAGGUGGAGACCAUGGCGAUUGCAGGCGACCGAAGGCUUGACUGGCCUUGGAAGUCCGGUGGGCCACUUCAUCGUCGACAAUGCUGUUGCGGUAACGGAUGCUGCCCAGAAACGUGAAGUUGUCCACGGUUGUUGAGGUGCCGUUUGCGUUGAUAUGGGGUGCGACGUAGGCAGCAUAGAGUGGCGGAUGAUGCAUGCCCAUCGUUUUCUCCGUGUUGAUGACCGAGCCAGAGUUCUCACAGGCUGCGGUGAAGAUAUCCAUGCUCCUUUGCAUAUACCCUUCAGAGGUGGCGUCUAGGGCGCAGUCGUCGGCAUAGAGGAAUUAAUGGAGGAUACUUGUGAAUACGCGCAACUGGAAGUGCACCCGCCGCCGACUGACAAAUUGGCAGUCCGUCCGGUGGGCGAGGCGGAUCUCGGGGCAUUCUUCACGGUAGGCGUCCAUUCGCAUGGCAGAGAACAUGAGAUUGAAGAGGGUGGGCUCGAGAACGCAGCCCCGCAACACCACAUUGGUUAAUGUGAAUGCCUCUGAGACAGCUUCAUUGUCUGUGACUAGCGCCAUCAUGCCAUCGUGGUGCUGACGCAUCAUCUGAGUGAGUAGUACCUUGUCGAAGGCUUUCGUCAGAUUCACGAAAGUAGAGAAGGGAUGGACCCACAUCUCCUGCAGUUGGCGGGCGGCUAAGCUCAGAUUAAUGAUUCCACGAUGACGGUGGAAGUCACACUGGCUUUCCAGCAGAAGACCUUAUUCCAGAUGAUUGUUCAGGUGUUUGAGGAGAAUGCGAGCGAAGAUCCUCUCGGCGAUGUUCGGCAGGGAGAUGCCUCAGUGGUUGUAGCAGAAUUGGUGGUCACCUUUCCGCUUCUAGAGGUGGACGACUGUGGCGUCCUUAAAAUUCCGAGGAACUUCUUCUUGACGCCACUUCUCCUGGAAGAGCGCUGUCAGGUGUUCCUUAAGUUGGGGGCCACCGUGCUUGUCGAUUUCAGCAGGGAUCGCAUCCUAUUCGGGCGCUUCCCCGCUGGAGAGCUGCUGAACGGCCUUGAUGGUUUCGUGCAGAGAGGACGGGAGAUCGUAGUCGGCGUUGGUCUCCACUUGGGGCAGGCGGGCGACGGCAGCGUCGAAGGUGGUGGAUGGACGGUUAAGGACGCCUCUGAAGUGCUCGGCGCAUCGCUGUAGAAGAUGAGUCUUCAUGGUGAGUAGGGUACUGCCGUCGGUGCUGAGAAGAGGUGUGGUGAAUUUGACUGUGGAGCAGCAGACAACCUUGAUUCCGACAAAGAAGUUCUACCACUCUUUGGGACCCGCGUAUCUUUGGAUCUCGUCGGGCUUGCAAGCCAUCCGGAUGUCCUGCAUCUCGCGCAGCUGCCUUUGCACAAGGCGGCAACUACAGUGGCAAGAAGCUCUGUUAGCAUCAGUGGGGCGGCUGACGUAUGCAUCGUGCAAGCGGUUGUUCUCGGUGAGCAGGUUGCUGGUGGCGGCGUCGAUGUCAUCGAACCAGUCCUGGUGUUAGCGGCGUGCGCGACUAAGUACAGCCAGGGCCGUCGUAUAGACCGUGUCUUGCAGUUGGCACCAUUUUUUUCUCUACGGAGGCGUACUCGUCAACGGCGGGUGGGAGGCCGUUGAACAGGCAGAGACAAUAAAGCCGUAGUCAGCUUACCUGGAGGUCGCUUGUCUUGAGGUCUUCUGCGUGACUGUAGGCGAAUCCUCAUCUUGGAGAUGACGAGACGAUGGUCGGUCCACUCGUCGGCACCCGGAAUCGCUUUUGUCACCAGCGCGUCCCGGUGGUCUCGCCUGCGGACGGGGACAUAAUCCAGCAGGUGUCAGUAUCGCAACUGACGGUGCAUCCAAGUGGCCUUCUCUCGCGUCGGAGGGCGAAAGAAGGGGUUAAUGAUCAUGAGGCGGUGUUCUGCGCAGGUCCGUAGGAGGAGCAGGCACUUAUCAUUGAAGUCGCCGAGACCAUGGUUACCCAGCACCCCUUUCCAGGCGACAUGGCCUGUGCCGACGCGAGCGUUAAAGCCACUUGUCCGUCUUCAGCACAGUCGCCAGGAAGGCGUGCAGGUCUUCCUAGAAUUCGUUCUUUGCUGCGUCAGCGCUGGUCAUCGAGAAGGGGCAUAGACGCUGAGGAUGUUGACGAAUUUGCCUCUCCGGAGAGGUAGGUGGAGGCUCAUCAGGCGCUUGUUGAUGUCCUGCGGCAGACAAGGCAGUCUUCUUACGAUGUCGUUUCGGAUGGCAAAGGCAAUGCCCGCGCUUCGUUCCUCUGACUUGGGGCGGCCAUCCAGAAGAAGAUGGAGUCAGCACCCACAUCCUCCAUUUGGUCGUGCUAGGCGAAACGCGUCUCGCGGAGUGUAGCAAUGUCCACCUUGUAGCGCGCCAGUUCCCGAUCGACUAGCGCGGUCCUUCGUUCGGCCGAUUACUCCUGGGAUUACCUAAAAGAAAAGGAGCAGUCCUGGCCGCCAUAGUGAGCGGACUCUGGCGCUAUCGCUCUCACCGUAGGACUUUUUGAAGUAAGGAGAGGAGGAGGGGUUGGAGGAAGAGUGUAGUGGCGGGAAACGCAAGCGGUGAGCUGAGAAAUGCAACAGAAUGGUAUUCAUCAAAACGGUAUUUAUUUUACAACAAGAAGAAUCAGGGCAAAGACAACAAAGUAAGAGAAUGGAUUAGACUAUAGAGUAUGGAGACUGAAGGGCAGGGAGUGAGGGCGAAGGGGUAGGAAGAGGCCGAGCCUUCCAGCCACUGCGUCAGUAGUUUGCUAAGUGCUGAAAAUGCAAGGGCGAACAGUCAGGACAAUGAAGCGGUGUUCAACAUACUUAGGAGGUCACUUAUUUUAUGACUUCCGGCGGGUUGUUGGCGGGGCCUCAUCUUGGAGAUGGCGACGCCGUGAUCCGCACGCCCAGCAGCAGUGAGUGGAGGUACGCAAACGAAUAUCCUCCCCUGGUUUAGCCCGCCGGUCGAGGCGGCUGCCGGGGUGUGGCGGCCAGGCAAAGCCUAGAUUUUGGGAGCCAAAUGCGAGAGUUAGAGGCUAGUUAAUGGACGCUAGAUGUAGUCAACACCUGCAAGCAGGUGAGCAUGAACCUACAACUGGACACACCUACACCCCUACGCACACGACAGCUCGAUCCUCGUCAUCGUUUGCUCCACGGCAAGGUGAAGCAGUCAAUGUGACUUGCGCAAGAAUUAGUUUAUAGUGAUAGUAGAUUCGCGCCGAGUCCACUGAACUUUCUUUUCCUCCUCCUCCUCCUCCUCCUCCUCCUCCUCCUCCACCGCCACCCAAGCCCGGUGUCAAGACGGAAUCAAGAAGACUGGGGGCGGGCAAAGGAGCGGUUGGAUAGCACGGUCGAGCCCGCACCUUUUAGCCCCACUUCACACCCCCUGGUUCACAAAACAAGUGACAAAGAUUUUAAGCAACAACAAAAAUGGGAUGGCGGCAGGGAUCUCACUGUGUGCUACAUCUGCCACUGCAUCCCGCAAUGUUGGCGUUUGCUAUGUUGCGCGUUCCGAUAAAGUCUGCUAGAAUCCACUAUGGACCAGCGCAUCUGCCACGUGGCUCGUUUGGGGCCGCGCACACAAACAUGCACACAUACAAACAUAUAUGUAUACACUACCUCAGAUACCUCAGCACGCUACCUCAGCUAUUCCAUAUAUGUAUGCAUAUAAAUAUAAAUAUAUAUUAAAAGGAGAAGGCUCAUCGGAAAAUCGAGGUAUACACGUGAAUACGAAGGCUUACGUUCACGGUUCGCCGGCUUGCGCCCACCCUAAGCCACCAACUGCUAAUCCAUGUUCGGCCAUGUAGAAUAUCAUGGAUUCAGCACCUCCCCCACAGAGUGAACCAUGUGUGAAACCCCCAACACCACCCCUAACGUCCGCCACCUAUCCAAACACGUUCUUCACCCCCACACAUAAACGCCUGUCUUGUCGAUGUAACCUCGAUGUCCCCCUGACUCCCCAGUAGGAUUAUCUCCCUCACACUUUUCAUUUUCGUCUGACGACGGGUUGGUGUAACCGACUUGAAAAUUCACGAGUAUACCUCGAUUUUCCGACGAGCCUUCUCCUUUUAUUAUAUCGCCUCGGAAUGCAUACUACCUCCAUUAUUCAUAAAUAUAUAUAUAUAUAAUGGUAGGGGGCGCUCACCGAUCGUUCAUACAGAACUCACUCGUUCCGUUGUGCCUUAAGGGCUCUCUCUCGAGCUCAACCAGCAGCCGCACAGCGGCGCAUGAGCUCGAGAGAGAGCCCUUAAGGCACAACGGAACGAGUAAGUUCUGUAUGAACGAUCGGUGAGCGCCCCCUACCAUUGUAUAUUCCCGAUCGAAAACCGACAAGGCAACGGGCUCGUGGCCCGGUGGAUAGAGGCGUGGACUUCUAAACCAACAGGUCGCGAGUUCGAGGCUCGGGUGUGUCACACUUCGGGCUUGGGUAUGGCUUAUUAGCCGUCAUCAGCCAGUCAUACCCAACCCCAAGUGUGGAUCACUUGAGAUUCGAACCCGGGAUCUUUGGUCAUGGAGUUUGACGCUCUACCAUUGAGCCACGGGCCCGUUGUCCUGUCGGUUGUGAUCGGGAAUAUUAAUUAUGACAGUGGGCGCUCGCCGAUGACGGCUAAUAAGCCAGAAAUGGCCAUUCCUGUAUCCCUUGUCUUUGUCGGUAUCAUCUCAUCUAUGUCUACUACUAGUCGCUGUGCGACUGCCUGCGAGGGUUUAAGUAUGAGCCCCAAGGCACAACGGAACGAGCAUGUUCCGUAACCUGAUCGGCGAGCGCCCACUGUCAUAAUUAAUAUUCCCGAUCACAGCCGACAGGACAACGGGCCCGUGGCUCAAUGGUAGAGCGUCAAACUCCAUGACCAAAGAUCCCGGGUUCGAAUCUCAAGUGAUCCACACUUGGGGUUGGGUAUGACUGGCUGAUGACGGCUAAUAAGCCAGAAAUUGCCAUUCCGGCCUCCCUUGUCUUUGUCGGUAUCAUCUCAUCUAUAUAUAUAUAUAUAUAUAAUGGUAGAGGGGCGCUCACUGAUCGCUCUUACCUUACAGACUCUCUUUCUAUCGACCCCAACCAGCAACCAUACAGCUGCGCAUGAUAUAAGUAGAAUGCUAUUACCGACAAAGGCAAAGGAGACUGGAAUGGCCAUUUCUGGCUUAUUAGCCGUUGUCAGCCACUCAUACCCAACCCCGAGGCGUGGAGCACCCGGGUUUUGAACUCGCGACCUGUUAGUUAGAAGUCCAAAGCCUGUAACCACUGGACCACAGGCUCGUUGUCCUGUUGGUUUCGAUCGGGAAUAUACAAUGGCAGAGGGCCGCUCACACGUUCUUACGGAACUCAACCGUUCCAUUGUGCCUUACCGGCCCCUCCACUUUCUUAUAAUUUCGAUUCUUUAAUAGCUUAUUCGGGCGUAUACCCGCCGAUAAAUGAGACCGAAGUAAUCGGCAAGAAUUCGAGAUUGUCUCCACAGAAGGCGGCCUUCAACGAAGUUAUCGGCUUAAUUUCACACCGGCUGGUAACUAGAUGGCAAAUCGACAUGACUGUUGCCUGACUCACUCUUUGUCUGUCACACAUUCUGAGGACAGCGCUCAACCCGUUAAUCUAAGUAAGACUGUGAAGUGUCAAAGACAUUGAAGCAUGAAAUCUAGGGAGCUGUGGAAUUUCGCGGAUUACGGUGAGUACUUCAGGACGUCAGAUUUCAUCCCAACUAGAUCUCAGGAGUGAUUUAAUAUUCUCCACCGUCAGAUCAUGGGGAGUAUAAGAAAGGUGGACGUGGUUUGAGAAAUGCAAUGACGUCCUCCAGAAGGCUAAUAGCUUUUUUAAAUCCUUCGGGCAUUGUACUAACAAACUCCGUUUGCUGUCAUAAUCAGCGUCAAAAUCUUUGGAACCCGUAUUAACCACUUUUGCAGUUCGUAUAUCUCGGCACUGUAGUAUGAUGCGAUAGACCGGAGGAAGGAGACAUGUAUGAGCACCCUAAAAAAACCAUAGCUUUGGGUAAAGUUUGUUUCUUAGGUUCUUGCCGUGCUCCGACCCGUUUUAAAUAUCAUACUUACGCUCUCCACUGUCGACAAUUUCAUGAGUCAACUUUUUAACUGAUUUCGAUUUUCAUGGAACAUAGAACGUGCGAUCCUCUUGCAAUCUCUAGGCCCUUUGAUGGUAGCUUGUCCUGUUUAUUACGACGGUGGAGCGUUCCUUGAUUUCAGACGGUUUUUUUUCACCUAGCCUGAGACGUCCUGUAAAUGCGAGUCGUGUUUCAGUCCCUUUGUGCUCGACGCUGGAUGACGUUAGGCUGCAGCCGCAAUGAGAGGACGGCCAGAUAUAGUAACUUAUACAAGUGUGAAGUGUUUAACACAGGCGGGAUGUUUCAGAGCUGGUAGGAAAACGCAAGCAAUGCAGCAGUUUGGUUGAGAAAUCUUAUAUCCAUUUAAACCAGUUUCUAGAGAUGAACAUCUCACCUCCAAAUUUUCUGAUUGUGCGAGAAAUUAAACUGACCAGAUUUUCUUUCGUCUGCGUCCCAAUUUACCUAUCGCCACUCUCAGGGCUAAAAAUUGGAUUCAUACUGGUACACAGUAAGAAAAACCUUGCUACACGUUUUGAUUCCAAUGCUUUUCUUGUUAGAUGAGUCGACUGUUAGAGUAAAACCCUAUGGGUAAAAGGCAAAACAGAAAUUGUGGAAAAUGACAAUUUUCAAACAUUGUGAAAAUCGAGAACGUGUCACCAGUAUUGAUAUCGCUUAGUAUGCCGUACACCCUUUCGACGGUUUAUCAAAUACCUUAAGGUAAUCGAUCAACUUACAUGAAAAUCCCAGAUUUGAGAAGCUAAGCAUAACGACUAUAUUCCUUUUCUUAAGCAUUCGUGUAAUACAGUGAAAGAUAAUACUUUCCUUUAGCAAUUCAAAAUGUGUAGACAUAUUGCUAAAACGUACGAAUUUCUCAAUUUCGUAUACUCAACAAGGGAGGGUCAUUUCAGCAUUAUUUCCAUGAUAUUUGUAUUACUCUGUUUACAUUGCCGCUUUCAAACCGCAUAGAUUGAAGGCAGUCCUUAAAAAAUCAGCUCACCUGUUGUCUAAAAAUCUUUGGAGAUUUACCAGGGCUUGUACGCUUUCCUUGCGUUUGUUCAACCUACUGGCUAGGCAACGGUCGAACUUCGUGGGGAAUCUCACAUUUCAAAGAAGGGGACUUUAUAUAAGAUCUUCCAACUUAUUCAACCGUAAUUUGAGUUUCCAACUCAAGUGUGAUGCUUCAUUUCCAUCUUAUGUAGAUUUUAUUCAAAAAGUUCUCGAUGGCCCUACGAGUUAG